CUUCUCUUUCCCCCUUCCCGUUCGACCUCGAUUUCGCAUCAAAAGCACCAACACGAUCGUGCUCGACUUUGCAUGCCACGCUCGCAUGCUCGUUCAGGCAUCUACUGUGGCUAUGCUGCCCCGCCAAGCGGAUGCCUUCGAGAUGCCAGCGAGGCUGAGCCAACACGUCCUCCUGCAUCGCAAAAGCAAAUUCGUCCCAAGUUGCAACUUCAUCUUCCACGACUUCCAUCCUGGCCUCGCUCCCGGAACGUCCCUCCUGUUAAAGCUCUUUCCAUCUCUUGAUGCGUGACACGUCGAUUACCGAUGGCUGAUCCCAUCAACGCCGCGAUCAAGACGGUCGCGGCUGUCACAACACAGGCGUACGACUACGGCUCGAAAGUCAAACAUGCGAAGGAAGACAUCGAAAAUGUCAAUCGUGAGCUCGUACAGGUCGGGCAGGUUCUCGAGAAGCUCAAGGCACUUGCCGAAAGGGCCGAAAAGGCCGAAAAGGCCGGACAGUCUGGACAGUCUCUCGAUGCCUGGCCGACCUUGAUUGAGCUCAACGCCGACGAUGGACCCCUUGCGAAAUGCAAUCAAUCCUUACUGGACCUCAAGUCGGAAUUGGCUCCAGUCAGCAGUCUCCGAGAGAAAUUGUCCCAGAAAGCAAAAUGGCCUCAGAAGAAAGAAAAGGUCGAGAAGUCUCUUCGAGCAAUCGUGAAGGAAAAGAAUGUUUUUCUUGAAAUGCUAAAUGUGGACCAUAUAAGCAAAGAAGAAUGAGAUAAUAAACUGGCUUUCUCCCACUGAUCCAAGGACCAACCAAGAAGCCGCAAGAAAAAAGCAUGAAGAACAAACGGGCAAAUGGUUCACGGAAGGACCAGACUACGCAGCGUGGUUAGAACAACC